CUUUCGCAGACGUGUCGUGUUUCAUACAAAUCAGUUUUAAUGAUAUAAUGUGUAGUCUUACGUAGUGGUGAAUGUGUUGUGUUAACUAGGUACAACAUAAGUUUUCUAAGAACGAGUUACUACACACUAUAUUAUUAAAUCUAAGUGGAAGUGAUGUCCUGUAAUUAAAAGAAAAAUGUCGGACCGAAUCGAGAAACUGUACAGAGAGUAUGAUAAAAAUGUUCACCCGGAUGAUUACCCGAGGAGUGUGGGGCUAUUCACAAUCCCAGAAUACCCUGAGCUGGAGGCGGAGGAAGGAAUGUGGUCUACAGUCCUGGAUGUGGUCAUCACUUCCCUGCGGUACCUGGCACCGGCAACUAUUCUGACCAUAUUUUGGGGUCAGCAGAGCUUCUUUUUUAAGAUCUUGAAGUACAUCGAUUCUACAUUCAGAUCACUUAUAUUUUCGAGCGAGGAACAAAAACAAGCGGUGAUACAAUGGCUUUCAGAGGCUGGCAAUGUGAGGGUUGGAGACUUGGACACGGUAUGGCGGCAUGGAUGGAUACUGUGCGGCCUGUUGGACGGGGCUCUACCGGGAGCCUGCGCAGGGCAUCCCCCCAUCAAACUAACUCUGGAACAUGCGCAGGACAUAGCCGACCAUUAUCUUGGAGUCCCACCGAUGUUUACAAAACAAGAACUAGAGUCUAAUGAUGUAUUAAGUAAACAUCAAGAAUGGAAACUUACCAACUACUUAGACAAGAUACGAUUGGCUAUGGCAAAAUUAACACCACCAACCGUGCCAAAACCAGUAUCAACUAAUACUACCACUGCCGCUGCAAAUCUGACAUAUGAGUAUGUCGCUCGGGGUUCUGGUCUCACAGCAGCCCAUAUAAAACAUAAAACAUAUUUUAAAAUAUAUCCAACUGCUCAACAAUCACUUGAUCCAGGAGAAGUUGAAAUAUUUAUUAAGGGACCAAAAAAUAUCUUCGGAACGGCAACUGUAUCUCCAAUUUUAGGGAAGGCUCAGUUAAUUCGACAAACUUUGUUGGGUCUCCAAUCAAAAUCCAACAAUUACACAGAAAAUGUUCUCCCCAUAACACAAGGCACUGCUUAUUUACGAAGCUAUGGGAAAAAUGACAUGAAAAAAACAUAUUAUAUCCCUAAAACGAAAUACGAUAUCGAAAUUGAAACCGAAAGACAUUCCGAUCACGUAAGAAUUGGCUACAUUGUACCUAUUGAAGGUAAAUAUGAAGUCACUAUAACAAGUAGAGGACAAAAUAUAGUUGGCUCACCUUUCAAUGUAACUGCAUCGACAAAUAUUAUUAAAACCUUGGAAAGAGAUAGCUUUUCUUUAGAAGAUGGAGAAGAAAUUGACAUUGUUGAUAUAAAAUCUGAUAGAAAAGCAAUACUUCGCAUAGUAGACUUUGUAACCGAAAAAAUGCUUCUGAAAGAAAAUGGAUCAUUAGAAAGGAUUACCGAUGAUGACGCUAAAAAAUUAUUGGAAUCGAAUACUACUUUUGUGGAUUCGUCGCCAAAUGAAGACAAAAUAAAGAUAAACUGUGAUUUUGUUACACAAAAUAUUUCAAACGCUGAUAAGACAGAGGCUAAGAAAUUUUACGAUAUUGCCCGCAAAAUUUUGACAAUGAAUCGAGUUUGUAACAUAAUCAGGAAAGACAUUAAAAAUGAGGACAUUGAAAUGAUAAAUACUAAAGAAAAUCCAAAAGCUAUCCCUGAUGUAGUUAAUUCAACAAUUUAUGACCAUAAUCCUUUUUAUUAUACUAACCGUGAUAAAAUCAUUAUACCAGAAAACAUUUCUGUUUCGCUAUUUACCGAACGCCCGAAAACGAAGGAAUCCCAUGCAGAUAACUUAAAAAAUAUUAAUUAUGAUAAUGUAUCUGAAUGUAACGAAAACGUGUAUAUCCCAGACGACGAUGACACUAUAUCGAUAGAUACUCAAUCUACAAAUAAUCCUUUUACACGUGAUGUUUACGAGUCCAGCUAUAAAAUUGAAAAAUCCUUUGGAUCAUUCAUAACUAAUGAAUACGAAACAAAUAACUCGCAAAACGAAGUAAGUCAAUCUUUUAGAAAUCCUUUGACUGUUUCAGAAUCCACUGAAAUAAGACUAUUAUAUGAAACUAGUAAAAAUAGCAAUGUACAUUUUGAUGGCUUUGAUAAGAUUAAUAUAGAUUCUCAAUCAAAUAAUAUAAAACAUACACGGGCAACGAACCCUUUUAUUUCUGUUUUGGAAAAUGAAUCGUACAAAGAGAAGGAACGACUAACUGAUUUCAUUAUUGGAGCACCUGUAUCCCUACCCCCUCUGGUAGGUUUAAAUCAGUCAGAAAAAGAUAUAUUAUCAUUAUCCUUUGAAAAAUCUAGAAAUAUUAAGAGUUUACAUGAUCUUUAUUGUGUUAGAGAGAAAGACGCAUCUUCAUUCUUAUCAACACAAGAUAGCUUCGAUCAUAAAGAGGAUUUUCUCGCUGUUUCUCCAUUUCAUAGCUUGGGAUCCGAUACGUAUAAUUUUCUGAGCCAGGGUAAUUUACAACGUAGUAGAGAUAUGUCACCAAAAGAAUUAUGGGAUUCAGCUUAUGUCAGCAUUGACGAAAAUUCUAGUAACCCAGACAACAAUAAUAAUAGUAGCAACCGUUCUGUGUCAGAGACUUCCUUAAGAAAUAUAUCUUCGUUUAUAAAUGAUGAUAACAGUUCCGAAAGCAUUGAGGAAUACGAUGAUUUUACGACAGUUGACGAAUCGAGAUGUAACAAAUUGGAAUUCAAGCGCCAAGUAUUCACGCCAAUUAUCGAAGAGAAUGAAAAAAUUGUUUCUUCCAGCAUGAAGGAUACCAUUGACCAAAAGGAACUUGAAGAAGUGUCAAAAGCAUUUGGUGAACUAAAUGAAAUAUACGAUGAUAUUUUUUCCAACAACGAUGACUCCUCUUCUUCAAUUAGUGUAAACACCAUCCCACAUAAAUCUGAGAUGGAUUACAUUACAGAGAACAACAAAAUCAGUGUCGAUUCCGCAUCUGAAGUUAAAACAGAUAUGAAAAGACACAAGAGACAAAACGAAGGUGCGAUUUCUGAGGUUCAGAUAAUUGAUACUGAAUCAGUUUCAGCAAGUCAAUACCUUCAUGCGGAAGAAAACGAAAUGAGCGAAAUAAGAAAAUCAAAAGAAAAUACUCAGUUUGGCGAUCAAGUUCAAUCAAAUAUUGUACUAGAAAAAAAGAAAUACUGGGAUGAAAAGAUUCGUCAAAUAGAAGCGAAAAGGCUUGAAGAAUCAAAAGUUCAGCUAAAAAGAAGGCGUUCUUAUUCAAAGCAUUUAAAGUAUAACGAUUCAUUGAACAAAAGAAAAGGUAAGCAAAUGGUAAAGAAUUUCUUAACUUUAGAGAAUGAAAGAGAUGAAAAAAUAGAAAAACAACCAUGUUUGGGAAAUACCGUGAAACGAGUGGAAAAUUGGACAUCUCUCUGGGAUACCCACUUCGAAAUGCAGGACCAAGAUAAAUCUUGUCAAAAUCAUAUUAAAGAUAGUAAGCAUUCAGAUAGAACAACUGUCUCGACGCCUGUCAAUAUUGACAUUGUAGAUAUUGAAACUGAUACCACACCAAGAAAUGAAUUAUCAGAGGAAGUAUUCAAAGCUUUUGAAACGUGCCCUAAAAGGUUCUUUGGCACAUCCAGAAAACAUAUCAUAAGCAAAAUAGAAAACUUCCUAGGUAAAUCAUACUCCGACAACAAACCCAUUUCUGAACCACAACAAUUUAAUAACGGAAGCGGCUUAGUAUCUAGUCGAAUUUCCCUCUUUCAUAAAUAUUCAAACUCUACAGAGUUAACUUCUACAAAAAAUAAUAAGACACAGAAUAAAAUCCCAACAAAAAAUUAUAUAGAAAAUAAUAUUAAAAGGGAUGUGUGUGAUAGAAGGCAAAAGCAAGAUAAAGAAGAUUUAGAGAACUGCGGCACAGAACCAGAAAUUCAAGUUAAUAUUGACAAUAAAAACAACGAUUUUAGUCGACAAUCUGAAUGUUUUGAAAAGUCUAGUAUGAGUAAUGAAAAUGCUAUGAUAUUGCUAGAAAAUAGUAACGAAAUAGUUUUAAGAUUACAAGAAAACACAAACACAGAGAUGGAAGAAAAAACGCGUGGCAAUGAAUGGAUAGAUGAUUCAAAUAAAUUAAAUAAAUGUACUGAACCAAUCAUUUACAAUUUGAAACAGACUAACGAUAACAACUCUUUUAGUAAAUCAGAACUGGAUAUAUUUAGCAGAACAUCUGAUACAAACGACGAUGAGAAAUUCCACAAAUAUAAAUCGGUUGAAGAGCUUCCCAAAAUAAAUGUAAAGAACUUUAUAUUGCUUUAUGAGGAUGUUUCUCGAGUAACAAAACCUUUACGCAACACCACAAAUCGUAAAUUGACGUACAGCUCGAGUUCAAUUCCAGGAACUCCGAGCAAAUCACAACAAACAACCUCUUUUAAUUCUAACAGUUUGCCUGUAAGUGGCCAAUACAAUUUAACAAUGAAUGAGUCACUUCUAAAUUUGCCCACGAGAUGCUGUUCAGUCGAUAGUGCACUGGUUCAUGAAGAAGAUAAAAAAUACUCAAGUUUGUCAGAUAUUGAAUUAGAAAUAAUCGAAAAGAAAUCUGAAAAUGGUGAAGGUAUGAGGUCUACUUCAACGAAACCAGAUGACAUCAAUCAAGAUGGUUACAAGGAUCGCUUUAAAAUGGCUAAACAAUAUUUUCAGUCGUUGGAAGAAUUAAGAGAUGUUAGAAAAAUAAAAGAAUGUAAGAUUGUUGUAAACACUUCAUCAAUAGAAUCUCUCGAAGGAACUGAGGCCAGUAAUUCAAAAAGAGCCAAAGGCAAGAAAGCAAAAUUAAAAUCGCACUCAAUGCCGUCUUCAGAAAUUUCAAGGAUAUGGCAAGAAAUGCAGCAAAAUCACGCAGAGGGCCCUGACAGUAAGAAACUAAUGAAAAUAUCUGAAAAAUUUAAUGUUGAUGAUUUGUUUGAAGAUGUUAUGGAAGGAAGACUGAGUAGACAAGGCAGUUUACGGGGUAUUCCUCAUAAAAAGGCUGUUUUAGAAGCUUUCAAAUCCAUGGAGAACAUCAAUUCUAACAAUAAACUAAACUCUUAUGAAAUGACAAUGUCACAACUCACUGAUUUCGCUAAAGAAUAUAAGGUGAAAAAUGCUCAGACUUAUUUAAGCGAAUACCCAUAUUUGCCGACAACCGAUCCAUCAAAAUAUCAAUCGAGACUUGACGCGAACGCAUCCGGUUUAAUAUCUUACACUGAACUACUCAAAACCAAACCGAGAAGGAAUAGUGUUCCUGACCUUCGAAUUAAUACUUCAUUUACAGAAAGCCUUUAAUGAUAAGUACAGCUUUUUAUUUGUGUCAUAAACGCCUGAUAGGGCGGCAUAGUGGCGAAAAAAUGUGUACUAUUUACAAAUAUUUACUAUUGCUUAAAAAGUCAACCAUAAUUUUGUUGUAAAUGUUUCAAUACUAUCCUAUUGAUUGUUUGCUAGGUCAAUUUAAUUAAGAUGCAUAGUGACAGUAUUGUGGUGUGUACCUUAUAGCAUUAUAUAAACUAAGCUAGAGUUAUUUUGUUUAUUUUUGUUAAAUAUGGCGAAUAGUUAAAAUUUAUACAGUGUUGUGUUGUCUGUUAUAUGUUACAAUUAAGAUCUUGUACACUUUGUACAGCUGAUGAAUCUAAUAAUAAUUGGUAAGUUGAACUUUAUGUAAUUUAUUAAAAAAGAGAAAUAUAUAUUAUAUUAUGCCUU